AAACUGAGGCACUUUUAACACAAGCGCAUUAUCGACGACCAUGUGUAUUUAAAUAAAUAUUGUGAAAAGUGUUUUGGGAAAAUUUUUCGGCUAUGUCUAAAAUUACCCGUAUUUCCUCGCGUCAGAGUCCAUUUGGCGGGCGUGCGAAGUGGACUGUCUCCUGCGUGAUGUGAGAGUGUUGUGUCGUUCCCUUUGCCACUCGAGUGCCUCCGGUGUCAAGCACUUUCACCUUUUUUUUUUGGUGCCCCUCGGGAGGAAAGGGGCUUCCUGUGUGUGACACUCUUUUGUGAUAUUGUGACGAUGACAUCGCGUGGAAUAAGGAGGAAGAAAUCAUCGCUCUCAGAGGUGAAAAUAGCAGUUAUUGGGGCCCAUGGGGUGGGAAAAAGUGCCUUGACGGUGCGAUUUUUAACAAAACGAUACAUCGGUGAAUAUGAUCAUCAUUCUGAAAAUCGCUACCGUCACGAAGCUGUGGUUGACAAUGAACCUGUGCUAUUUGAAAUUUUGGACACCUGCCCCAAGGCUGAUGAGGAUGAGGAACAGCCGACGACAAACCAGACUGAGGCUGUUCAGUGGGCAGACGGAUUGCUGCUCGUGUACUCAAUCACAGACCGUCGAUCCUUCAACUACAUUCGUCGGACGAGAGGGAAUCUGCAGCAGGAGACACCGCCUGUGGUUCUCGUUGGGAAUAAGGUUGACAUGAUCCAUGGGCGGCAGGUGAGUACGGAAGAAGGAGAGAUACUUGCCAAGGAUUUCGAGUGCAAGUUCUCCGAAGUGUCCGCGGCGGAGCAUGUUGGUCAGGUGGCUGAUACCUUCCAUGAGUUGUGCCGGGAAGUCCUGGCGGCCAGGAGGAAGAGCAAGCAGAGUCUUCUAGACAGAAUGCUAGGUGGAACGCGAGUUUACAGUCGCGGUAAGAGUGACAGUGCCCUGCCCAAAGACUGACCCAUCCCACAUGUCUCAGGAACAUUUCCAUCAACCAGCCAGCAUCCUUCGAAUUCGCUCAUGCGAAAAAGUGUAUAAAAACUUUGAGAAUCUCAACAGCAAUAUUUAUCCCACAAUGAUGUGACAAUAAUAGCAAUACAAUUGUC